UAACCGAAAUUUGUAGCUGAAUUUCAUGGCCUCGUACAUAAACAACAACACAGAUCACUGAAAAAAAGAUGAAGUAAGAAAACCCUUUUCUUCACCCAAUCUCAGAACCAAAAAAAGAAACAUUUUUGGUGAAGAAAAACGAAAAUUGAAAAAAAAAUUGCCCCUUAGGGUUUGACUGUGAAAUUGCGAAAUCGCGUGUGAAAUAAUCGUUUCCGUCAAAUUCGGUGAAAGAUUCUUCCUCAAUUGCACCCGAAAGUCGCGGUUUUGGAUUCUAGAGAGAGAAAAAGCUGGUGUCAGUGUCAGAAGUUAGAGAGAGAAAAUGAAAAUGAGGGUUGUUGUCAUGAAUUUUUGAAUUUUGUGAUCAGAGGGAAAAAAAUGUGUUUUUUAUUGAAAUUAAGAGAGAUUCUAAGGUGGUGAAUUUUGUGUGACUUAAUGCAAUCUAACGGCGGCGCCGGCGAUGGGCCUGGCCGGAACUCGGCGGGGCGGGCAGCGUCGACGUCGUCAGCGGCUGCGUCGCCGACUUCUUCGUCUUCGGCGGCUUCCCACAUGGGAUUGGACUCAUUGCAGCAGCAACAGCAGAUGAUAGGUGGUUCUAGACAGUCAUUUCAACAGCAACUGCUUAGAAAAUCUGAAGGGAGUGAAGCGGUGCUGGCGUAUCAAGCAGGGCAUCAAGGAUUAUUUGGGAAUAACAAUUACUCAUCUUCCACUGCCAUGCAAUUGCCUCCGCAGUCUCGAAAUUUUUUUGCUUUAGCUCAGCAUGGACCUAACCAGGGUCAAGGCAUUGAGCAGCAGAGGCUAAAUCCUGUCCGACAGGCGUACUCUCAGUAUGCUCUCCAGAGUUUUCAACAAAGACCUGCUUUGGCAAUGCAGUCUCAGCAGCAACCUAAAAUGGAGAUGUUAGGCCCCACAUCUGUUAAGGAUCAAGAAAUGCGAAUGGGAAAUUUUAAGUUGCAGGACCUUAUGUCUAUGCAGGCAGUGAAUCAUGGCCAAGGAUCGUCAUCUUCUAGGAAUUCAUCUGAACAUUUUUCACAUGGUGAAAAGCGGGUAGAGCAAGGACAGCAGCUAGCUUCUGAUAAGAAGAAUGAAGGAAAGUCCUCAACUCAGGGACUAGGCAUUGGACACUUGAUGCCCGGGAAUAAUAUAAGGCCUGUGCAAGCACUGCCGACUCAACAGAGCAUCCCAAUUGCUAUGAACAAUCAGAUUGCAACCUCUGAUCAACUCCGAGCUAUGCAGGCAUGGGCACAUGAACGGAAUAUUGAUCUAUCACAACCUGCAAAUGCUAACUUUGCGGCUCAGCUCAACUUGAUGCAAACAAGGAUGGUUCAACAAUCAAAGGAAAGUGGUGCUCAGUCAUCUUCUGUCCCAGUUUCAAAGCAGCAGGCUACUUCUCCGGCAGUUUCAAGUGAGGGCUCUGCUCAUGCUAAUUCAUCUACUGAUGUUUCUGCACUGGUAGGUUCUGUGAAAGCCAGGCAGACAGCUCCACCCAGCCAUUUGGGCUUACCCAUCAAUGCUGGUGUGGCUGGAAACUCCAGUGACACGGCAGUGCAGCAAUUCAGUCUUCAUGGUAGAGAUGCUCAAGGAUCUUUGAAGCAAUUGAUUGUAGGUGUAAAUGGAAUGCCUUCUAUGCAUCCACAACAGUCUUCUGCAAACAAGAGCUUAGGCGCAGAUAGUUCUUUGAAUGCAAAAGCUUCAUCAUCUAGAUCUGAUCCAGAACCUGCAAAAAUGCAGUAUGUCAGGCAAUUAAGCCAACAUGCUUCCCUGGAUGGAGGGUCGACAAAGGAAGUGGGCUCUGGAAAUUACGCCAAACCUCAAGGGGGACCAUCUCAGAUGCCUCAAAAACUAAAUGGCUUUACCAAAAAUCAGCUUCAUGUUCUUAAAGCACAAAUACUAGCAUUUAGGCGGCUGAAGAAAGGUGAUGGUAUACUUCCCCAAGAACUUCUUGAGGCCAUUAGUCCACCACCUCUUGAUUUGCAUGUGCAGCAGCCAAUUCACUCUGCAGGAGCACAGAAUCAAGAUAAAUCUAUGGGAAAUAGUGUGACAGAACAACCAAGGCAGAACGAACCCAAGGCCAAGGAUUCACAACCCAUCGUAUCUUUUGAUGGAAAUUCUUCAGAGCAGGAAACUUUUGUAAGAGAUCAAAAGUCAACUGGAGCAGAAGUUCAUAUGCAAGCUAUGCUUCCUGUGACAAAGGUCUCUGCUGGAAAGGAAGACCAGCAAUCCGCUGGAUUCUCUGCUAAGUCAGACAAGAAAAGUGAACAUGUGAUUAACAGAGCUCCUGUUAUAAAUGAUUUGGCAUUAGAUAAGGGAAAGGCUGUCGCUUCCCAGGCUUUGGUAACUGACACUGCACAGAUUAAUAAACCUGCACAGUCAAGCACUGUUGUUGGCCUGCCAAAGGAUGCAGGACCCGCAAAAAAAUAUUAUGGGCCCCUAUUUGAUUUUCCUUUCUUCACUAGGAAACAAGAUUCCUUUGGAUCAUCAAUGAUGGCAAACAACAACAACAAUUUGUCUCUGGCAUAUGAUGUAAAAGAGCUUCUUUAUGAGGAAGGCACAGAAGUCUUUAACAAGAGAAGAACUGAGAAUUUAAAGAAGAUUGAAGGAUUACUUGCGGUAAACUUAGAGAGGAAAAGAAUUAGGCCAGAUCUUGUGUUGAAGUUGCAAAUUGAAGAGAAAAAGCUUCGCCUUUUAGAUCUCCAGGCACGUUUAAGAGGUGAGAUUGAUCAACAGCAACAGGAGAUAAUGGCAAUGCCAGACAGGCCAUAUCGCAAGUUUGUUAAGCUGUGUGAACGUCAGCGUGUGGAACUCGCUAGACAAGUGCAGACAUCUCAGAAAGCUUUAAGGGAGAAGCAACUGAAAUCUAUAUUCCAAUGGCGCAAGAAGCUUCUUGAAGUUCACUGGGCCAUUCGUGAUGCUCGUACUGCUCGCAAUAGAGGGGUGGCCAAAUAUCACGAGAAGAUGUUGAAAGAAUUCUCAAAAAAUAAGGAUGAUGACAGGAAUAAGAGAAUGGAAGCCUUAAAAAACAAUGAUGUUGACAGAUAUAGGGAGAUGUUGCUGGAGCAACAGACUAGCCUUCCAGGGGAUGCUGCGGAGAGAUACAAUGUACUUUCAACUUUCUUAACCCAGACUGAAGAGUAUCUACAAAAAUUAGGAAGUAAGAUAACUUCUGCCAAAAAUCAACAGGAAGUAGAGGAGUCGGCAAAAGCCGCAGCAGCUGCUGCACGAUUGCAGGGUCUUUCUGAAGAAGAAGUCAGAGCUGCAGCAGCUUGUGCUGGAGAGGAAGUGAUGAUUAGAAAUCGUUUUAUGGAGAUGAAUGCUCCAAAAGAUGGCUCGUCUUCUGUCAGCAAGUAUUACAACCUUGCUCAUGCCGUGAAUGAAAAAGUUUUAAGGCAACCAUCGAUGUUGCGGGCUGGAACACUGAGAGAGUAUCAGCUCGUUGGAUUGCAAUGGAUGCUUUCUUUGUAUAACAACAAAUUAAAUGGAAUUUUGGCUGAUGAGAUGGGUCUUGGCAAAACAGUCCAGGUUAUGGCGUUAAUUGCCUACUUAAUGGAAUUUAAAGGAAACUAUGGCCCACAUCUUAUAAUAGUUCCAAAUGCUGUUUUGGUUAACUGGAAGAGUGAAUUGCAUACAUGGUUACCAUCGGUGUCAUGCAUUUUUUAUGUUGGAUCGAAGGAUCAUCGGUCAAAAUUAUUUUCUCAAGAGGUUAUGGCUAUGAAAUUUAAUGUCCUUGUGACUACUUAUGAGUUCAUCAUGUAUGACCGUUCAAAGCUUUCUAAAAUUGAUUGGAGGUAUGUCAUAAUUGAUGAAGCUCAGAGAAUGAAGGAUAGAGAGUCAGUUUUAGCUCGUGAUCUUGAUAGAUAUCGGUGUCACAGACGCCUGCUUCUGACAGGAACACCUUUACAGAAUGAUUUGAAGGAGCUUUGGUCACUUUUAAAUCUACUUCUUCCUGAGGUUUUUGACAAUAAGAAAGCCUUCAAUGAUUGGUUCUCGAAACCAUUUCAAAAGGAAGAUCCCAACCAAAAUGCAGAGAAUGAUUGGCUUGAAACAGAGAAGAAAGUUAUCAUUAUCCAUCGGCUUCAUCAGAUUCUUGAGCCUUUCAUGCUCAGGCGUCGUGUUGAAGAGGUUGAAGGCUCGCUACCACCAAAGGUAUCUAUAGUUUUACGGUGUAGAAUGUCAGCCUUCCAGAGUGCCAUUUAUGACUGGAUUAAAUCCACUGGAACUCUUCGUCUUAAUCCUGAGGAGGAGCAAAGUCGGAUGGAAAAAAGUCCACUCUACCAGGCAAAGCAGUAUAAAACUUUAAAUAACAGAUGCAUGGAGCUGCGUAAAACUUGCAACCAUCCAUUGCUUAAUUACCCAUUCUUUAGUGAUUUAUCUAAAGAUUUUAUGGUAAAAUGUUGUGGGAAAUUGUGGAUGCUGGAUAGAAUUCUCAUAAAACUUCAAAGAACAGGACAUCGAGUUCUUCUGUUUAGUACCAUGACAAAACUCCUAGACAUAUUGGAAGAGUACCUGCAAUGGCGAAGACUUGUUUACAGAAGAAUUGAUGGGACAACAGCUUUGGAAGACCGCGAAUCAGCUAUAGUGGACUUCAAUAGCCCUAAUUCAGACUGUUUCAUCUUCCUUCUUAGUAUUCGGGCUGCUGGGAGAGGCCUUAACCUUCAGUCAGCUGACACAGUUGUUAUUUAUGACCCCGACCCAAACCCUAAAAAUGAGGAGCAGGCUGUGGCCAGAGCUCAUCGCAUUGGACAAAAAAGAGAAGUCAAAGUCAUCUACAUGGAAGCUGUUGUUGACAAAAUCUCUAGUCAUCAGAAGGAGGAUGAAAUGAGAAUUGGAGGCACUAUUGAUAUGGAGGAUGAGCUUGCAGGUAAGGAUCGAUAUAUAGGAUCCAUUGAGAGCCUCAUAAGGAGCAAUAUUCAGCAAUAUAAGAUAGAUAUGGCUGAUGAGGUUAUUAAUGCUGGACGUUUUGAUCAAAGGACAACACAUGAAGAGAGACGUUUGACUUUGGAGACAUUAUUGCAUGAUGAAGAAAGGUGCCAAGAAACUGUCCACGAUGUUCCUUCGUUGCAGGAGGUAAAUCGCAUGAUUGCUAGGAAUGAAGAGGAAGUUGAAUUGUUUGAUCAAAUGGAUGAAGAAGAGGAUUGGCUUGAGGAGAUGACUCGGUAUGAUCAGGUACCUGAUUGGAUUCGAGCCAGUACAAGAGAAGUGAAUGCUGCUAUUGCUGCUUCAUCAAAAAGACCAUCAAAGAAGAAUGCUUUAUCGGGUGGUAAUGUUGUCUUGGACUCCACUGAAAUUGGUUCUGAAAGGAGAAGGGGACGACCAAAGGGAAAAAAGAAUCCAAGUUAUAAAGAGUUGGAAGAUUCCUCUGAAGAAAUAUCUGAAGACAGAAAUGAAGAUUCUGCACAUGAUGAAGGGGAGAUAGGAGAGUUUGAAGAUGAUGGGUAUAGUGGGGCUGGUAUAGCGCAACCCGUAGAUAAAGAUAAGUUGGAUGAUGUUACUCCUUCUGAUGCUGAAUAUGAAUGUCCCAGGUCUUCUUCAGAAAGUGCUAGAAAUAAUAAUGUGGUUGAAGGUGGUUCCUCAGCAUCAUCCGCAGGCGUUCAAAGAUUGACACAAGCAGUGUCGCCAUCAGUUUCUUCUCAGAAAUUUGCUUCCCUGUCUGCGCUGGAUGCCAAGCCAAGUUCGAUCUCAAAAAAGAUGGGAGAUGAGUUAGAGGAAGGGGAAAUUGCAGUAUCUGGUGAAUCUCACAUGUAUCAUCAACAGUCGGGAAGUUGGAUUCAUGAUCGUGAUGAAGGUGAGGAAGAACAAGUUUUGCAGAAACCCAAGAUUAAACGUAAACGUAGUCUUCGUGUUCGGCCUCGUCACACCAUGGAAAAGCCUGAGGAUAAGUCUGGCAGUGAGAUGGCAUCUCUUCAACGUGGACAAUCAUUUCUUUUACCAGACAAAAAAUAUCCAUUGCAAUCAAGGAUCAACCAAGAAUCAAAAACAUUUGGAGAUUCCAGUUCCAACAAGCAUGACAAGAAUGAACCAAUAUUAAAAAAUAAGCGAAAUUUACCUGCAAGGAAAGUAGCUAAUGCAUCCAAAUUACAUGUCUCACCGAAGUCCAGUCGUUUGAAUUGCACAUCCGCUCCUUCAGAAGACAAUGAUGAGCACUCUAGAGAAAGAUUGAAGGGGAAGCCUAACAAUUUACGUGGAUCUUCAGCUCAUGUCACUAAUAUGACUGAAAUUAUCCAGAGACGGUGCAAAAGUGUAAUUAGCAAGCUCCAAAGGAGAAUAGACAAGGAAGGCCAUCAAAUUGUACCUUUGCUGACAGAUUUAUGGAAGAGGAUUGAGAAUUCUGGGUUCGCUGGUGGUUCUGGGAACAAUCUCUUGGAUUUAAGAAAGAUUGACCAGCGAAUCAAUAGAUUGGAGUACAGUGGAGUAAUGGAGUUUGUUUUUGAUGUGCAAUUCAUGUUGAAGAGUGCAAUGCAGUUCUAUGGGUACUCGUACGAGGUAAGAACUGAAGCAAGGAAAGUUCAUGAUCUCUUCUUUGACAUCUUGAAAACCACAUUUUCCGACAUUGACUUCGGAGAAGCGAAAAGUGCACUUUCCUUUACUAGUCAAAUUUCUGCCAAUGCUGGAGCAUCCUCAAAGCAAGCGACUGUUUUUCCAAGUAAGAGGAAGAGAGGGAAAAAUGAUAUGGAGACUGAUCCAACCCCUACACAAAAGCCACUGCAACGUGGAUCCACUUCCAACAGCGAAAGUGGCAGGAUCAAAGUCCAAUUGCCUCAGAAGGCAUCAAGAACUGGAAGUGGUAGCGGCAGUGCCAGGGAGCAACUUCAACAGGAUAGUCCUUCACUGCUUACUCACCCAGGUGACCUAGUUGUAUGCAAGAAGAAAAGGAAUGAGAGGGGGGAUAAAUCAUCGGUGAAGCAUAGGAUCGGUUCAGCUGGUCCUGUUUCACCACCUAAGAUUGUUGUUCAUACUGUACUUGCUGAGAGAAGUCCAACUCCAGGGUCAGGUUCUACCCCUAGGGCUGGCCAUGCACAUACAUCAAAUGGGUCUGGCGGGUCAGUUGGAUGGGCGAACCCCGUGAAGCGGAUGAGAACAGAUUCAGGGAAAAGGAGACCAAGCCAUAUGUAGAUUUUUUCAAGUGAUACAAAGGAUGGUAUAUAAUUGGCAACAUUGCUGUUAGUUUCAGGAAGGAAAAGAAAAUUAGUGGCCCUUAUUAUCCAUUGAUAGAGUUGUUCAGCCUAAACUGUUAAUAAUAUAGAGUUAGGUCCUCCUGUGUAUUUUAGAGCUACCUUCAAUGGGGUUAUAUUACAGGCGAUUAAAUUUUUUCAUUGGGUAUAUGCUGCAUCUUGCAGGAACUGAUUUUACCUUAGACAUGUCUGCUGAAUCUCUUGUGUAUAGUGAGUGACUUGCUGGUUCAUAUUAGUCCAUUCAAGAUUUCAAGGAUUAAUAAUUAGUUUCUACAUGGUAUUGUUUUCCCCCCAUUGACAACAAAUCCUUCCAAAUUAUUGUUAUAGAUAGUAAAGUUAUGAAUUUUUCA